AUGACGUCGCGUCGUUUCAUCACGUUAGUCGAUCUGCUUGCCCAUCGUCCAAGUGGUCGUUGCCAUCACCGCCCGUCCGCCAACCGCCAACCCUCAAAAACGUCGAUCAUGUCGUACCAGUCCAAGAUCUUCCGCAGCGCCAACGCUCCCCGCACCGCCCCCACCGAGGUCGAGCAGCAGAUCGCGCAGGCCCUUCUGGACCUCCAGACCAACGUUUCGGACCUCCAGAACGAGCUGGCUCCUCUCCAGAUCUCGUCGGCGCGCGAGGUCGACGUCAAGGGCGGCAAGAAGGCGAUUGUCGUCUUUGUCCCCGUUCCUCAGCUCAAGGCGUUCCACAAGAUCCAGCAGCGCCUCACCCGUGAGCUCGAGAAGAAGCUCUCCGACAAGUUUGUCGUCUUCGUUGCUCAGCGCCGCGUCCUCGCCAAGGAGUCGCGCAAGUCGGGCGGCAAGCUCGGCCAGAAGCGCCCCCGCUCGCGCACCCUCACCGCCGUCCACGAGAAGACCCUCGAGGACCUCGUCUUCCCUUCGGAGAUCACCGGCAAGCGCAUCCGUGUCGCUCAGGACGGCCACAAGGUCGGCAAGGUCUACCUUGACGCCAAGGACCAGAACACCCUCGAGUACAAGCUCGACUGCUUUGCCUCGGUGUACAAGGUCCUCGCCGGUAAGGACGUCGUCUUCGAGUUCCCCACCACCACCGCCGAGUAA